AAUCAAACCAUUGCCCGCCUUGCUGCCGAUAGAGCAGCUUAUCUCCCCAAUUCAUUUAUCAAUUGGGAUUAGAAUUAGGGUUUCUGAUUUUCGGCCGCCUUUCUUCUUAGUUCAUCCUAUUUUUUACCACUCCCAUGGCGGAUUAUAGCACCCGAAACAUCCGCAACAUCUGCAUCCUAGCCCACGUUGACCAUGGAAAAACAACCCUCGCUGACCACCUCAUUGCCGCCUAUGGUGGCGGCGUCCUCAACCCGAAGCUCGCUGGUAACGUGCGUUUCAUGGACUACCUCGAUGAGGAGCAGCGCCGCGCCAUCACGAUGAAGAGCUCUUCCAUCUCCCUGCAUUUCCGCGACCACUCCAUCAACCUCAUCGAUUCACCCGGCCACAUGGACUUUUGCAGUGAGGUUUCCACCGCAGCCCGCCUUUCCGACGGCGCCCUCAUUCUCGUUGAUGCGGUCGAAGGUGUUCACAUUCAGACCCACGCCGUUCUUCGCCAAUCCUGGGUUGAAAAGCUCACCCCCUGCCUAGUACUCAACAAGAUCGAUCGUCUCAUCACCGAGCUCAAGCUUACCCCUAUGGAGGCUUACACCCGCCUGCUGCGUAUCGUCCACGAGGUAAAUGGCAUCGUUUCCGCCUAUAAGUCGGAGAAGUAUCUUUCAGAUGUCGAUUCCUUACUGGCCGGCGCCUCAGAAAAUGGCGAUGGUGAGUACGAUCACGAGCUUGUCGAGGAUGACGAAGAGGACACUUUUCAGCCCCAGAAGGGAAACGUGGCGUUCGCAUGCGCAUUGGAUGGAUGGGGUUUUUACAUCGAACAGUUUGCAGAGUUCUAUGCUUCUAAGCUCGGUGCAAGCAUGGCAGCCCUGAAGAAAGGAUUUUGGGGUCCGAGGUAUUUCAACACUAAGAAGAUGAUGAUUGUUGGGAAGAAAGGGAUGGAGGGUUUCAGCAGGGAUCCACAACCGAUGUUUGUCCAGUUUGUGCUUAAGCCUUUGUGGCAGGUUUAUCAGGCAGCUCUGGAUGCAAAUGGAGACAAGGACAUGUUCCAGAAAGUUAUCAAAACCUUCAAUUUAUCAGUUCCUCAACGUGAAUUGCAGAACAAGGACACAAAGGCUGUGCUGCAGGCUGUAAUGAGGCGUUGGCUUCCACUCUCUGACGCAGUUCUAUCAAUGGUGAUCAAAUGCAUUCCUGAUCCUAUCUCAGCCCAGUCUUUAAGGAUAUCUCGGUUGCUGCCCAAAAGAGAAGUGAAGGUUGAUGGCAACGAACAUUACUCAGAGGUUGUUGCUGAGGCGGAGCAUGUUAGGAAGUGCGUUGAGGUUUGCGAUUCUAGUCCAGAGGCUCCUUGUGUGGUCUUUGUUUCAAAGAUGUUUGCUGUUCCUGCAAAAAUGAUCCCUAAGAAAGGACCUAAUGGGGAGAAGUUGAUUCAUUCUUUGUCUGGCGAAGUUGGUGGUGGUGAGUCGGAAGAGUUCUUCCUCGCUUUUGCAAGGAUUUUUAGUGGUGUGCUUAACUGUGGUCAGAAGGUUUUUGUUCUUUCAGCUCUGUAUGAUCCAUUAAAAAUAGAUUUUUCACAAAAGCAUCUGCAGGAUGCUGAGGUUCAGCACCUGUAUUUGAUGAUGGGCCAAGGUCUGAAACCCGUAUCUUGUGCUAGUGCGGGGAAUUUAGUGGCCAUUCAGGGCUUGGGGCAGUAUAUCCUGAAGAGUGCAACUCUAUCCACCUCAAGGAAUUGCUGGCCUUUUUCCAGUAUGAUGUUUCAGGUGGCACCAACUCUCAGAGUGGCCAUUGAACCAUCUGAUCCAGCUAAUAUGGGUGCACUUAUGAGAGGACUGAGACUUCUUAACCGAGCAGAUCCUUUUGUUGAAGUUACAGUUUCUUCCAGAGGGGAACAGGUGCUUGCAGCUGCGGGGGAGGUCCAUCUGGAGAGGUGUAUAAAAGACUUGAAAGAAAGAUUUGCUAAGGUUAGCCUAGAGGUUUCACCUCCACUGGUCUCAUAUAAAGAGACAAUCGAGGGAGGAGAAGGUUUUUCAUUCUUAGACACUCUAAAGGUUACUUCCAGCAGUGCUCAAUAUGUUGAGAAAGUUACUUCAAAUGGGAGAUGUAUGGUCAGAGUUCAAGUUGUAAGAAUUCCCAAUGCUUUAACUAAAGUUCUCGAGGAAAGUGCUGAAAUCCUAGCUGAUAUAAUAGAAGGGAGACCGGUCAAGAAAAAUGGAAACUUGGGCUAUGUUUCUCAUGAUGGCGGUGAUCCUGUAGCAGUUCUUAGGAAGCUUUUGAUUGAUUCACUGGAGAGCGAAUUGGAGCUUGAUUCUGAUAAGAGUGAUACUGAUAAGCUUGAGAAAAAUAAGCAACUUUGCAGUAUGUUUCUUCAAAGAAUCUGGUCACUUGGGCCUAGGCAGGUUGGACCAAACAUUCUUCUAGUUCCAGAUUCUAAAACCACUGAAGUUAUUCAUGCAAGCAGUGGCGAGCGUGGUUUUCUUAUUCAUGGUUCUUAUGAUGUGUCUGAGAAACUAGGAUUUUUAGAUAUUUCUAGUUCUGAUGAAAUUAUAGACACGGAUAAUGGAGAAACAUCAGAAGCAACCAGUUCCAUAAAUUUGGAAGCAGAGGCCCUAAAGAACAGCAUUGUUGCAGGUUUUCAAUUAGCCACAUCUGCAGGGCCUCUGUGUGAUGAACCUGUGUGGGGAUUAGCCUUUUUGGUAAAAUCUUACAUUUUUCCAGACAAUUUGGAGACUAAGGAUCAGCUAGACCAAUAUGGUAUUCUCAGCGGGCAAGUUAUGACUGCCGUGAAGGAUGCGUGUAGGGCAGCUGUGCUUCAAAGCAAGCCAAGGCUAGCAGAAGCAAUGUACUUCUGUGAGUUGAACACACCAGGAGAUUUCUUGAAGAAAAUGUAUGCGGUUCUUUCAAGGAGGCGAUCUAAGGUUUUGAAAGAAGAGAUGCAAGAAAGCUCCCCGCUUUUUACUGUGCACGCUUAUGUUCCUGUUGCCGAAAGCUUUGGCUUUGCUGAUGAGCUUAGGAAAUCGACUGGAGCUGCUGCGAGUGCUUUACUCGUUCUCAGCCACUGGGAGGUGCUUCCAGAAGAUCCAUUUUUCAUUCCAAAAACGGAGGAAGAAAUUGAAGAAUAUGGAGAUGGCUCGAGUGUCCUUCCCAACAUAGCAAGAAAGCUUAUUGAUGCAGUGAGGAGAAGGAAAGGCCUUCAUGUGGAGGACAAAGUUGUUCAGCAUGCAACAAAGCAGAGAACACUUGCUAGGAAGAUAAUUAAACAAUGGAUAUCUGCGCAUCAUAUUCUUCAAAUGAGAUUGAGUUAUUGUGAAGUAUAUCACGCUACAAUAGGAUCUGACACAACUAUAUUGGAGGGGCUUUACAUGAAUCAUCCACGCAUAUUCAAGAUAAGUGAUAUCACAUCUUUUGCUAAUACUAAUGAUAUAUUUUGUUUACUACUUAUAGACUUAAAAAAAUCGACUUUAUAAAGGCACCAUAAAUAUUCAUGGAUAUUUAUCAAAUAAGUUUUAUGGAUAUGAUUGGUUUCGGCAUAAAUCCUAUAGUAUAAGCCUUGGUUUUCUUGAGUCAUUUUAAUAAAGUGAAUUCGUCAUUAAGAGGAAAAUUGCACUACCUUUGUGUAUGCCAAUACCACUGCUGCUGCUAGAUAUGAUCUGUGGAACAAACUUACUACAAUGGGAGCUCUGUUGAAAGAGAGCUAGAUGGUAGGAGGUGAUUUCAACAUGAUAAUGAACAGCUAUAAGAAAUUCGGGGGCAAAAGGGUGGACUCCAAUCUCAUGAACAAGUUCUUUGAUGCUCUUGGUGAUGCUAGAUUGUUUGAUCUGGGUUAUUCUGGGUCCAAAUUCACUUGGAAGAGAGGGAAGGUGUUUGAGAGGUUGGAUAGAUGGUGGUUUAAUCAAGAUUGGUUGUCUAAAUACAAUGUCUCAAG